AUGUGUCCACGUGCAUCAUCUUUUUGUGCGAAACCGGCACGACGACUGCCAUCCUUGCCUCAGGUGAAGACGUUGAGUGUGAGUCUGCGUGAGCGAUUGCGUAUUCUAUCAGCAAACGCCACCGAACCACAGGACGACGACACUCAUCAUCAUGCGCAUCGUUCCUUCACCGAUAAUAUUGUCUUAGAAGCUAACUCGAAUCCUAGUAGAAGGAGUUUCGUGAAGGACUGUGCAAGAGAAUGCUCAAUAGCGAUAACGAGUGAUAAACGCGAUGAGGAAUGCCGCAUCUCUGAGGGUAUACCGGUCUAUGUUGUGGUCAUUAUUGCACUCAUAUCGUUUGGGUUCGGGGUCGCAUUUGUUGCCACCUUAUGGAUGAUACAUAUUAAAACCGGUCCGUUUCACCCCCUAUGUUUGCUCGUCGUCUUUUCUGAAGUAUCAUACUUGAAUUUUGUUGUGGCAACGCCAAAAAGUUGUUUCAUAAAAUAA